AGAGAGAGAGAGAGAGAGAGAGAGAGAGAGCGUUAGAUGUGUCUGCUCUCUUACCGCCAUCAGCGCUCGAGCGUGUGCGCGCGUGCGUGUGUGUGUGUUUGGCGCAGUCAUACAGAUGCAGCGUGUGUGUCCUGACAGAAGCAUGUGAGUGAGCGAGUGUGAGUGUGUGUGUGUUGCGAGCAGGUGUUUUCGCGAGGCGUCAGAGGGAGGGACACACACACACCCUCCAAAAGAGCAGCAACACGGAGGCGGCCGGACUAUUCGCCUUUUUCUUUCGUUUUUUGUUCUUCUUCUUCCUCAUCGUGGUCGUGGGAGGCGCUUUCUCUUUUCAUUUGCUCGCGCUGUCCGUCAUCUGCCUGCUCGUCUAUUUCUCCAUCUAUCUCAUCUAUAAUUUCUUUGAUUUGUGAGCGGCAGCCGGACUUUUUGGAGGGACUGUGUGUUCUUACCCUUUCUUCUUCUUCUUCUUCUUCUUCUUUUCUCCUCCUCAUCCCGCGGCUGGUGUGAUUGAUUGUAGGUAGGUUGAUUUGUGUUCACUGUAUAGUGUGUGUGUGUGUGUGUGUGUGUUCUGUUUGCAAAAGCACACACAUGAACACACACAUGCAGUAUGUGACGUAGAGAGAGAGAGAGACGUGUGUCUUGCCUCAGUCAGCUGUGUGUGUGUGUGUGUGUGUGUGUGUGUGUGCGCGCGUGAUCACAAACACACAUUAUAAUACACUCACCUGUCUCUCUCUCCCUCUCUCUCUCUCUCUCUCUGCCUGUCUCUCUCUCUCUCUUCAUUCUACUGGUCUCUCACCUGUGUGUGUUUGCACACAUCAGUCUAACACACAUACACACACAUCGUUCAUAAUCCGGCACAAACCAUCAUCUGUGGUGUUUCUGGUCAUCUUUCCCUGUUUUUCAUUCAUUGAUCUUCCGCUCUUUCUGAUGUUAUUUACGCACCAGCGCUCGUGUGGUUGUUUGUUAGUGAGUGUGAGUAAUUAAUCCGUUCAUUAAUGACAGAGUAUCAUCAGACCACGUAAAGUUGCAUUGUUUCCGUGUGUGCGGCGCUUCACCCUUCAUCAUCCUCAGCCAAAGUCUCUCUCUGCGGGGUGUUGAUUUGCUGAGAGGAAUCGGGCUGGAUGAGCCGUUUGGAUGCAGCUCUUCUCUUCUGUUUCUCCUGAGGAGACUCGCUUCAUUCAUGAGUCUGGACUGCGACGCCUUUCCAGAUGAGCAAACACACGCGCCUCUUUCUGCUCUUUUACAAUUGGACUAAAUGCGGAGUGGAGUCGUUUCAGCAGAGGUGAAUGUGAACGGGACGCCGGAGCCGCCGGAGGACGUGUGCGCUGUUCGACGCUCUGAAAACCAGGACGCUGAAGAUCAGCAGGACACACACACACAAACACACACAAACAGAGAGAGAUACUGCAGACUGGCUGCCAUUAGUGUCCACAGUAGGGUAUGAGAGCGCUACAGCAUCAUGUGGUUUCUGAGAUGGAGGAGUGAGAGUUUGGCUGAAAACACACGAGGUUUUUCGCUCCUCCAUCAUGUCCGUGUGCAUCUACCGUGGCUUAGCUCCACCCUCUCAGGAAAGGCGGGCGUGGCUUCACGCGUUGGCCCCGCCCCCGCGUCACUGGCCCUGCCCGUCGCUGCAGCAGCUGUUGGCCUUGUGUCUGCUGCUGCUGCUGCCGCUGGCCGUCCAGUCGCGGCGCGAGCGGGGCGGAGGGGGCGUGGCCCACUACAUCCCGUCGUCGGUGGCGCAGUAUCCGCCCGUCUCCAAGCUGCUGCAGGGCCUGAGCAUCGCCGUGGUGCUGGUGGGAAACUCCAGUGAGGUGGUGCUCGCCGGCACCCGCGACAAAGACGACUUCGGCCACAUGCCGCUGGCGCCCAACGUGGAGAUGCUCACCAUGAACGAGACGGACCCCAAGAGCAUCAUCAAGAGCAUCUGCGACCUGAUGACGGAGCACUGGCUGCAGGGCGUGGUGUUCGGAGACGACACCGACCAGGAGGCCAUCGCACAGAUCCUGGACUUCAUCUCCGCGCAGACGCACAUCCCCAUCCUGGGCGUGAAGGGAGGCUCCUCCAUGAUCAUGGCCGCUAAGGACGAUAACUCCAUGUUCUUUCAGUUCGGACCCUCCAUCGAGCAGCAGGCGUCCGUCAUGCUCAACAUCAUGGAGGAGUACGACUGGUACAUCUUUUCCAUAGUUACCACAUACUACCCCGGUUACCAGGACUUUGUUACCAAGAUCCGCAGCACCAUCGAGAACAGUUUCGUGGGCUGGGAGCUGGAGGAGGUGCUGCUGCUGGACAUGUCAGUGGACGACGGAGAUGCCAAGAUCCAGAACCAGCUGAAGAAGCUGCAGAGCCCCGUCAUCCUGCUGUACUCCACCAAAGAGGAGGCCAACAUCAUCUUCGAGGUGGCGCACUCGGUGGGCCUGACCGGCUACGGCUACACCUGGAUCGUCCCGUCUCUGGUGGCGGGAGACGCCGAUCACAUCCCGGCCGAGUUUCCCACAGGCAUGAUCUCGGUGUCGUACGACGAGUGGGAUUAUGGGUUGGAGGCGCGCGUGCGCGACGGCGUAGCUGUGAUCGCGUCAGCGACGUCCACCAUGAUGAUGGACCGCGGACCGCACACGCUACUGAAGUCUGAGUGCCACGGGGCCCCUGACAAGAAGAGCCCCAUCACAGGAAACAACAACGAGGUGCUCAGGUAUCUGAUGAACGUGACGUUCGAGGGCCGUAAUCUGUCCUUCAGUGAGGACGGCUAUCAGAUGCACCCCAAACUGGUGAUCAUCCUGCUGAACAAGGACAGACAGUGGGACAGAGUGGGUAAGUGGGAGAACGGCUCUCUGUCGAUGAAGUAUCACGUGUGGCCGCGUUUCGAGCUCUACUCCGGGACGGAGAGCCGUGAAGACGAUCAUCUGUCCAUCGUCACGCUGGAGGAGGCGCCUUUCGUGAUGGUGGAGGACGUGGAUCCGCUCAGUGGCACCUGCAUGAGGAACACGGUUCCCUGUCGAAAGCAGCUCAAAUCAGUUAAUCAGACGGGGGAUUCUGCCGUCUACAUCAAGCGCUGCUGUAAAGGCUUCUGUAUCGACAUCUUGAAGAAGAUCGCCAAGUCUGUGAAGUUCACGUACGACCUUUAUCUGGUCACCAACGGCAAACACGGCAAGAAGAUCAACGGCACGUGGAACGGGAUGGUGGGAGAGGUGGUUCUGAAGAACGCUCACAUGGCCGUCGGCUCGCUGACCAUCAAUGAGGAGAGGUCAGAGGUCAUCGAUUUCUCCGUGCCCUUCAUAGAGACGGGCAUCAGCGUCAUGGUCUCACGGAGCAACGGCACCGUGUCUCCGUCUGCGUUCCUCGAGCCAUUCAGUGCUGACGUCUGGAUCAUGAUGUUCGUCAUGCUGCUGCUGGUUUCUGCCAUCGCCGUGUUUGUGUUCGAAUACUUCAGUCCUGUGGGCUACAACCGCUGUCUCGCUGACGGCAGAGAGGCCGGAGGUCCGUCGUUCACCAUUGGAAAGGCCAUCUGGCUGCUCUGGGGUUUGGUCUUCAAUAACUCCGUCCCAGUGCAAAACCCGAGAGGAACCACCAGCAAGAUCAUGGUGUCGGUCUGGGCCUUCUUUGCUGUGAUUUUCUUGGCCAGCUAUACUGCUAACCUGGCCGCGUUUAUGAUCCAGGAAGAGUACGUGGACCAGGUGUCGGGCCUCAGCGACAAAAAGUUUCAGAGACCCAACGACUUCUCCCCGCCGUUUCGCUUCGGGACGGUGCCGAACGGCAGCACGGAGAGAAACAUCCGCAAUAACUACAAAGAGAUGCACUCCUACAUGGUCAAAUUCCACCAGCGCAACGUGGACGAGGCUCUGUACAGUCUGAAAACAGGGAAGCUGGAUGCCUUUAUUUACGACGCCGCGGUGCUGAACUACAUGGCGGGCAGAGAUGAGGGUUGUAAGCUGGUCACCAUCGGCUCUGGGAAAGUGUUCGCUUCCACUGGCUAUGGCAUCGCCAUCCAGAAAGACUCGGGCUGGAAGAGACAGGUGGACCUCGCCAUUCUGCAGCUCUUUGGAGACGGUGAUAUGGAGGAGUUUGAGGCUCUCUGGCUCACCGGGAUCUGCCACCACGAGAAGAAUGAAGUGAUGAGCAGUCAGUUGGACGUGGACAAUAUGGCGGGUGUGUUCUACAUGCUGGGUGCUGCCAUGGCUCUCUCUCUCAUCACCUUCAUCGCUGAACACGUCUUCUACUGGCACUUGCGCUUCUGCUUCAUGGGUGUGUGCUCUGGGAAACCAGGGCUCACCUUCACCAUCAGCAGGGAGAUUUAUAGCUGUAUUCAUGGAGUUGAAAUUGAAGAUAAGAGUUCAGCGCUGAAUUCACCCUCUGCUACCAUGAACAACACCCACUCGAAUAUUCUGCGUCUGCUGCGCACCGCCAAGAACAUGGCAUCUCUUUCCGGGGUCAACGGUUCCCCGCACAGCGCGCUCGACUUCAUCCGCAGAGAGUCCUCCGUGUACGACAUCAGCGAGCACCGCCGCAGCCUGGCCGGACACUCGGACUGCAAAGCCCCAUACCUGCCCGAGGACAACAUGUUCAGCGACUACAUCAGUGAGGUGGAGCGCACCUUUGGCAACCUGCACCUGAAGGACAGUAACCUGUACCAGGACCACUACCUGCACCACCACGGAGGCUCAUCCCUGGGGCUGACGGGCCCAUCCCCCAACCGGCCCCACAGCCUGGGCUCCAGCAGUUCUCUGGAGGGUGGCAUGUUUGACUGCGAUAGCCUCGGCGGCGGUGUGGCCCCCAUCUUCACCACACAGCCACGUUCUGCCCUGACUCACAGGAACAUGAGCAAAUUCGACCUGCUGCAGAGCCAGACUCCUCCGUCUGGGCAAGGCUUGAAGCAGGGACUGGCCGACCUGUACGGAAAGUUCUCCUUUAAAGGCGGCGCGUCCAGUUCGGGAUAUAUCGCGGGGCACGACCGGUUUUGCGGCGGUGCCGACGACGGAAACAUUCGUUCUGACGUGUCCGACAUUUCCACUCAUACUGUGACCUACGGCAAUCUGGAGGGCAAUGCUAAGAAACGCAAGCAGUAUAGAGACAGCCUGAAGAAGCGGCCUGCGUCGGCAAAGUCCCGCCGAGAACUCGACGAGAUCGAGCUGGGUUACCGCCGCCGCCAGCACCACGGCCACCACCAUCAUCACCACGGGCACCGCUCGGCUUCACCUCCAUCUGAGCGCAAACGAGGCGGUGGCGUUAGCUCAACCUCAUAUCUGUUACAGGACAAGGAAAGCCUGAGGGAUUUCUACCUGGACCAGUUCCGGCCCAAAGAAGGCGUCCCGCAGUGGGAGCAUGUGGAUCUUACAGAUGGUCCCAGUGGGGGAGGAGGAGGCAACUGCACCAGCCUGGUGUCUGUGGAUGACUUCCUGAAGAGCAAACCCAAGAAGCCGGACAGCAAGAGUGUGAGCAGCGAGUGGGAAUGUCGUAGUUGUCGUGCCAGCAGCGCGGGCAGUAAGCAGACGGCCCUGCCCGGCGGUGGAGUUCUGCACACGGGUGGGACGGGCUACGUCGGCAGUGGCUGUGUGGCAUCGGGGGGUGGAGGAGGGGUUGGGAGCAGCCGCCCCAGUUCAGCCACUUGCAUGCGGUGCGAAGCCUGCAAGAAGUCCGGCAACCUGUAUGACAUCAGCGAGGACAGCAACCACCUGUUGGAGCAACUGGGCGGCAGUAGGGGUCAGACGCCGGCGCAGCGCCGCAGGGCCUUCAGCGGGAAACCGCUACGCCGGCAGCAUUCCUACGACACCUUCGUGGACCUGCAGAGAGAAGAGCUAUGCGGGAUGGGCGUGCCGCUGGGGUUCGGCGGCCCCGGGGCACUGCCGCCGCCGCGCAGCGUGAGCCUCAAGGAGAGGGAGCGCUGCAUGGACGCCUCCAGUCCCUUCGCACACAUAUUCGAGCGUCCGGGAGGUCCUGAGCAGGACGCGGACCGAGACCCGCUGUUCUACGGAGCCGCCGAGAGGGGCGCGGGAUCGCCGUUCGGGUUGUUCCGAGCGGGAGAGAACGCACCCCACCGGCGCUCGGUGGGCGAGAGGGACCUGAGAGACAGAGGACUCAUGGAGGGGCCAGCUCACUCCUUAUCCAAAUCCCUCUAUCCUGACCGAACCGACCACAACCCCUUCAUCCCUACGUUUGGAGAUGACCAGUGCCUGCUGCACGGUGCCAAGUCCUACUACGUCACCAAGCAGCAGCAGCACGGCGAACUACGCAGCCCCAUGGGCGUGACCUCCUUCCUGCCGGCGUCGGCCACCUCAGGAGUCAUGUCUAACUUGGCUCCGCGCUUCCCUGCGGAGUUGUGCAUGGGGAACCACCACACCAGCAAGCUCAGUCUCGGUCCACCUCGACCUUUCAACGGCAGCAACGGACACGUGUACGAGAAACUCUCUAGCAUAGAGUCUGACGUGUGAGAAAGAGCGAGGAGCGCGGUAAAGAACAGAGAAACUUUCUGUCGGCGCCAGAUUUUAGCAGAACACGCAGAACUCGAGAGAAUUGAAAAUGUCAUUUCCUGUGAAGUUCACGUUUACACCAAUGGGUUCAUCUCCAAGAGCUGGUGAGAACAAGAGCACGUCCAUCUGCCGAGUGUGUGCAAGAAGAAGAACAGGAGAGCAGAUGGCCCGUUUCACCUCCGUCCCUCGCCAUCGCACCAGAACGGCCCAGUCCUGUACUCUUGUCUUUUGUGAAGAUACAAUCGUGAAAGCAUAAUAAAUGCUCAUUUAUUUAUUUAUUUUUUUUUUUUUUUUUUGAAACAGGGUAAUAACUGUACCUCAGAGAUGUGGUGAAGACACUGCUGAUUGGUAAUCUGUUGUUGAAAUUGGGUUUCAUUUGUCUGUUGUUUUCCUGACCCUGCUCUAGAGGCCUUUGCUGAGCGUUAGGGAUAUUUGAAUGUGUUGAUCAAUCCAGUCUCCGCAUCGACCUAAUGUAUCCAUGGCAACAGCCUCUCCCAUGCUGUUUACUGCCGUGAAACACGCGUGCAUUAGUGAAAGUGCACAAGCCUCUGCUGAGUUUUAUGGCGUCAUUUAUAUUCAAGUCUCUACUGCCGUGAUAUUUCAUAUCCAACGAGAAAUCUUGUUGAUACGCCUUUGGUUACGCUCACGUCACGUGACUCUUGCUUAGAAGGUGAAAAGUGGAGGAUGAAAUGACAGUAUUAACGCCUCUGUUUGUUUUGGUUGUAAAUACAUUUCUCUUUAUAUAAGCCGACAAGGUCUACCUUUAAUAUAGCUUUUUUCAAGUAUAACAAAUAACCAAAAUAAAGAUAAAAACGGAACAAAAGAACAAAAACAUAAAAUAUGCAAAAAUUUAGCAAAAGCAUUAUAACUCAUGAUAAGUGAUAUUUUAAGCGAUAGUUUGCUUUUAAAAUCCAUGUUUAUAACUUAAUUCUGAUAGUUUACCGCCUCCUGACUGGCUUCAUUUUAAGGAUUUAUUCGUUUAUCUGCAGUGUAACAGAGCUGAACAGUGCUGUCGUGGACAUGUUUAGUUUACUCGAUUAGUUUACCGAAUACUCCUUGCUAAGUUUUUCUUAAAUUGUGUUUAGACGUCUGGUCGCCUGCUGGAGAAGGUUUCCAGGUUCUCUCUCUCUCUCUCUCUCUCUCUCUCUCUCUCUCUCUCACACACACACACACACACACACACGUUUACGUAGCUAUGUAAAUGAGGACAUAAUUGCUAUAAACUCACCCAAACCCUAAAAUGUAUUUGUACCUUUCAGGAUGUUUACAGAAGCUGAUUUUGUCAGAUUUAGCGAACAAUCAGCCACAAAGUGUCCUCAAAGUGUAGCUGAGUAAACACACACAUACACACACACACACACACACACACAGAUCUCCAGCAUCAUCACAGAGUGUGUAAGCAGGACUUUUAACCCUUUCUAAGGACUGACUGGCUUUGUAAAGCUAAUUCGUAAGCUGCUAGAGUGUCAUGUUUUUAAUUGUAACACUAUCGUGAGGUCCUGUCCUCGCUUUAGGUCUGCUGCAGAAUAACCUUUCAUCUCCUCUUGUAUUGUUUCUACAGUUAAAGUAACUCUAACCGUGUCUUUACACUUUUUUUUUUUUUUUAGAACGUUAUUAUUAUUAUUAUUAUAUCAAAGCGUUUUAGGGUGUUUUCUUCUCGUAUGUUGAAGCUGGCGGCGUUCCCGUCAUAGCGCAGUAAUCUAUGUUUGAGUUUUCCUAAAAACAUAUAAAUACUUUAGAUUCAAACACACACACACACACACACGAGUUCCCUACGACCCCCAUGCUUAUAGCUUGAGCUCUAUAUGCUUGAAAAUCACAUUUUCUUAUGUUCAUAGAGAAAUACGCCUAUUACGCAUAGCUGUAGUUAUAAUUUUUCUAGUGUAUUCGCAAUAUAUAAGCAACUUUUAACGUUCUGUUGACUACUAUAUUCUCAUUAUUCUAAAGUAAGUAUAGCUGGUUUGAAGUAUUCUACAGAUAAGAAACGCCCUGUUGUUAUUCACGUCGCUACGGUACUAACUCCAUCUGUUAUUUUCUCCACACAAUCGAUGAAUUCGUCGCCCGUCAGGGGUGAUAAAGGCGUGCGUGUGCGUGUGCGUGAGACACUGACUUCUAUGUUAAAUACUCUUGUUGCUAUGGCACUGCCAUGGUGUUACAAUGCUGUUCCCAUGGUAACUGCAGUGCAAGAGGAUGCGGGCUGAAUGAGUGAAUUGUUUCACUAUGGAAUAAGAACUACAUCCACUUUGAUAUGUUACCAAAAUUUUUACGUCAUUUACAUCUCUGAAAUGAUUCUCAAUGAAUUCAUGUACAGAUUGUGUAUAUACUAAUGAGAGAAUUCCUCCUUUUGUAUGACAAUAUGAACACAAACCUCUAUGAGACUUUAAUAGUGAGCGAGUGUUUUGAUGACGAUGAUGGAUCAGAAUUCUUUCACAUGCUGAAUAAAGCGAA